AUAUUUUGAAUACUGAUAUGUACCUUUGGAAUACUCUCCACCAAAAUCCAAGCACUGCAAGAUAUUUCCACAACCAAAUCCAUAUUUGGUCUUUGUGCAGUUCAGUUAAGGUAGGAGGAACAACAAUGGUGCACUCUCACCACCAUCUUCUUCUCUUCUCUACACUUCCUUUCUCUCUCACCGCUCAUCAUAACCACCAUUUAUCACCGUCGCUUCACUUCCUCCACCGACCAUCCACCCCAACAUCUACCGUUUCAGCCAUUCCUUCCGCCGCAUGGCUUUCAGAUCUCACAGCACAAGACUUUGGCCCCAUUCAACUCCCUUUUUCCGCUCCUUCUUCUCUUCCCUUCUCAGAUGACCCUUCCACCGUUCAGGUUGCUUCCACCGUGCUUCUCACCGGAGCCCUCACCGUCUUCUUCUUUCGCACCGUCCAGCGCCGGAUUAAACGUGCCAAACAAUUGAGAUUUAGGUCUUCAGGAGCAGAGAAAUCUAUGGAAAAGUUGAAAAGAAUGAAAUCAAGUUCAAUCAAAGUUAAGAAUCCACCUUCAGCUGAUCAAGCAUUGUUAGGGGCAGUAAUAGCAGGCGCCAUUGCUGUUCUUCUCUAUAGGUUCACCACUUCAAUCGAAGCUUCUCUCAGUCGCCAAAUGCUUUCAGAUCAUUUUUCGGUUCGCCAGAUAACAAUCACCAUAAGGACAAUAAUAAAUGGGUUGUGCUACCUGGCUACAUUUGUGUACGGCAUAAACUCUGUGGGUCUGUUUCUUUAUUCUGGGCAGCUUGCGAUCGACACCAUGGUGGGAGGGCCAAUUGGAAAUGAAACUCAAAGAAAAAUCAUUCAGCAACAACCCUUAUCAACUUCACCACUUGAGAAUAACACUACUAAAUUCAGCACCACAGAGGAAGAUCAAAGUUCAAAUAAUUCCCUCUAAAAAAACUGCAGAAUUCAUCAACGCUCUUCUGCCUUUGAUCUCCCACUCUCAUCAAAUCUUUUCGUCAUAGGAGAAAUAUAUAUAUAUAUAU